UCCCUGAGCCUUCUCCCGGCGCUUGGAGCGAGGUGGUGGUGGUGGUGCGUUUACUGACGUCACGGUCAUUGACGGCGUGAGGCCUUGGCGGCUGCUGCGGCCAUGGUGGCUGGCGGCCGGGUGCGCUAUGUCUAGAUUGGGGGCCCUGGGCGGCGCCCGCGCCGGGCUCGGACUGUUGCUGGGCACUGCCGCCGGCGUUGGAUUCCUUUGCGUCCUUUACAGCCUCCGAUGGAGACGGACCCAGCGCCAUGGCCGGAGUCACAGCCUGCCCAACUCCCUGGACUAUGCACAGCCUUCAGAGCGUGGACGCCAGGUGAUGCAGUUUUGGGCCAUCCCAGGUGAAGCUGGAGAUGCUGCAGUGCUACCAAGCCUUCCACAGGAAGGACAGGAGAAGGUGCUGGACCGCCUGGACUUUGUGUUGACCAGUCUUGUGGCACUACGGCGGGAGGUAGAGGAGUUGCGCAGCAGCCUGCAAGGGCUCGCUGGGGAGAUUGUUGGAGAGGUCCGAUCUCAUAUAGAGGAGAACCAGAGAGUGGCUCGGCGGCGCCGAUUCCCUUUUGCCCGGGAGAGGAGUGACUCUACUGGCUCUAGCUCUGUCUACUUCACGGCAUCUUCUGGAGCUGCGUACACGGAUGCUGAGAGUGAAGGGGGGUAUACAACAGCUAAUGCUGAAUCUGAUUACGAGCGGGACUCUGACAAGGAGAGUGAGGAUGGGGAAGAUGAAGUGAGCUGUGAGACUGUGAAGAUGGGGAGAAAGGAUUCUCUGGACCUGGAUAUGGAGGUAGCUUCAAGUUCAGUGUCUGGCACCCUGGAGGCUGAAGGCUCCUCAGGCCUUGAGGAUGUACUGCUGCUCCUGAGGCAGGCAGAUGAGCUGCAUCAGGGCAGUGAGCAGAACAAGCAGGAAGGCUUCCAACUGCUGCUCAACAAUAAGCUGGCGUAUGGUGGCCGACAAGACUUUCUAUGGCGCCUGGCCCGGGCCUACAGUGACAUGUCUGAGCUCACUGAGGAGGAGAGCAAGAAGAAGUCAUAUGCCCUAAAUGGAAAAGAAGAAGCAGAGGCUGCUCUGGAGAAGGGGGACCAGAGUGCUGAAAGUCAUGAGUGGUAUGCAGUGCUUUGUGGUCAGCUGGCUGAGCAUGAGGGCAUCCAGAAGCGUAUCCAGAGUGGCUUUAGCUUCAAGGAACAUGUGGACAAAGCCAUUGCUCUCCAGCCAGAAAAUCCCAGGGCUCAUUUUCUUCUUGGCAGGUGGUGCUACCAGGUCUCUCACUUGAGCUGGCUAGAAAAAAAAACUGCUACAGCCUUGUUUGAAAGCCCUCUUACUGCCACUGUGCAGGAUGCCCUCCAGAGCUUCCUAAAGGCUGAAGAACUACAGCCAGGAUUUUCAAAAGCUGGACGGGUAUAUAUUUCUAAGUGCUAUAGAGAAUUAGGAAAAAACUUGGAAGCUAGAAAGUGGAUGAAGCUAGCCCUGGAGCUGCCAGAUGUCACUAAUGAAGAUUCAGCUUUCCAAAAGGAUCUGGAAGAAUUGGAAGUAAUUUUAGGAAAAUAAUCACAUUUCAAUGGCUUUCUUGUAGAGGUCCGCUACUUAAAUAGGAAAAAGGAAAUCCCCCCUAACCCCAUCUUGCUGAGUUCAGGAAACCAAGCAAGACUGAUUUGGCUGCUGCCACCACUCCCCGAUUUAUGUUAUCAAUAAUUUAUUCUAAUCUCUUACCUUAAUCUAAAGUUGGGGAUGUACUUACAGCUUGGUUUCUGCUGUUCUUCCCCUUAAGUGAAUUCUUGAUUUUUUCAAGACUUAGCUUAGCCCCAGGGUAUAUAUGGGUGCAGCCCAAAAGGCUGCUGAGAAGAUGAAGCAUGCUUUCCAGCUGCUGGUGAGGUGGAGAAAUGUCAGAGCUACAGCAACAAAGCACAGGACUUGUCACUGUAAGUUUUUUCACUAAUAAUAUCCAACACCUAUAUCUAUAGCUCUAAAUCACACAUUACCUGCCAUGGCAAAAGGAGUCAGAGCAGCCCAGUUACUACCUUUUUACCACCUAUCAUGUGAACUCUACCUAUAUUCCUGGAAUGAAGGGCUAGACCACUUGACUUCCAGAGUUCUGGCAGCUUUUGGAAUGACAGCAUUGCCAAAGGGUUUAUAAAUAAAUAUACUUAGAAAGAAUGAUCUGAAGAGGUGCCUGGAAUAUAUUUUGUUACAAACUUGGAAUAAAUUAAACUUGAUUAGAAGUGA